ACUAUCUAAUGUACUGACGUCAAAAGUGCUACCAAUUUCAAUGCUAGUUAUUGUUUCUGUCUAGACUUUCAAAUGUUCCUCACCUGCUGCAAAUUGAUACCGUUUGAUCAGGUACAGCCUUUUUAGCUUUUUUAUAGCCUUUUUAGCUUUCAGCCAUGAAUUAUCCGCGAACCUAGCAGAACAAAAACAUUAUUCCCACCUCUCUUCCCCAAGUUCCAUACCGCUCGACAAUACGGUAGCUGACGUUGCUUGCUUGGUCCCAUUUAACGACGAUCAAGCCCCAUUCCGACAGCGCCGCUGCGGUUCCGUGUCCGAUCUCCCCUCUCUCUCCACCGUCCACUUUUGCACACCGAGCUUUUCUGCCUGGUCAUGUAGGCCUGCCCGACGAUGGCAUCAACUCUCCGACGCAGGGCGCUCGCCCCCGAUAACUCAUCCGAAACCUCGUUGUCGCUGGUGCCUACGCCGAGAGACGAAAGUCCGGUAAAGCCGGGCGACAAGGUCGAGAUCGUACAUCAUGAACAUAAGCCGAAGACGGGCAAGAGACGUAAUACAUUUAUUUUCUUAAUGGGUAGCUUGUUCGGUCUUAUAGCUGCCGGCCUCCUGGCUAGGAAUAAUGACUUAAUUGAACUUCCGGAGAUUGGUGAACUUAGUAUGGACAGUUUUCUUGACGUGUUACCAGCGGGUUUAGUUAAGGAUAUGAGGGAUCUUAUGAAAGGUGAGCGGGAAUUUGUCGAUAGCUACGAUUCCUUUUCCGUAGGGGUGAAAGCCCGGACCGAAGGGCUUAACGUUCACCAUCCCGUCAUUCUGGUUCCCGGUGUCAUCUCAACAGGCCUCGAAUCUUGGGGCACUGCGAAUAUAUCUCGUCCGUACUUUAGAAAGCGGCUCUGGGGUAGCUGGACUAUGAUGAAAGCGCUAGUUAUGGACAAGGAGAUAUGGAAGAAGCACAUCAUGUUGGAUAAGAAAACCGGGUUAGAUCCGCCGAAUAUCAAAUUGAGAGCUGCGCAGGGCUUUGAUGCGACCGACUUCUUCAUUACGGGGUACUGGAUCUGGAGUAAAAUCGUGGAGAAUCUGGCAUCGUUAGGCUACGACCCAACCAACUCAUUCACGGCUGCUUACGAUUGGCGCUUGACGUAUCAAAACCUUGAGCUUCGGGACCAAUACUUUACGAGGUUGAAAAGCUAUGUGGAGCUGGCACACGAAUUCUCUGGUCAAAAGGUGGUUCUUGUAUCCCACAGUAUGGGCAGCCAAGUUCUAUUCUAUUUUUUCCAUUGGGUAGCAUCUGCACAAGGCGGUAAAGGCGGUGACGAUUGGGUCGAGCGUCAUGUCGAAGCCUGGAUCAAUAUUAGUGGAUGUAUGCUAGGUGCAGUUAAGGAUGUGACCGCUAUUCUCUCCGGCGAGAUGCGCGAUACAGCGCAGCUUAAUUCCUUUGCAGUGUACGGGCUCGAGAAGUUCCUCAGCAAAGAUGAACGAGCUGAAAUAUUUCGAGCGAUGCCAGGAAUGUCGGCUAUGCUACCACUUGGUGGAGAUGCGGUCUGGGGGAAUCUAACAUGGGCACCAGAUGACCAACCAGGGCAGAAGAACUCGUUCGGUUCAUUUUUAAACUUCCGUCGUGGUGUUAACUGGACCACGCCGGAUCAAAACUUCACCGUUAGCGACUCGAUGAAAUAUCUCAUGGACACGACCGAUGAUUGGUACCGAGAUCAGGUCAAGAAGAGCUUCUCUCAUGGAGUGGCUCAUACCACUGCCGAGGUAGAAGCCAAUGAGCUUGACAGUCGCAAAUGGGGCAAUCCCCUGGAGACGCGGCUACCCCUAGCUCCGAACUUGAAGAUUUAUUGUUUUUACGGCGUGGGGAAACCAACUGAGCGAGCAUACUACUACCGCAGCCCGGAAUACCCGGCGUUCACAAACUUAAAUGUCACAAUCGAUACAGGUCUGACCGUUGAUGAAAUUGAUCACGGUGUUGUCAUGGGAGAAGGCGAUGGCACAGUUAAUCUUCUAAGUAGCGGUUACAUGUGCUCUAAGGGCUGGCGUAUGAAGCGAUAUAACCCGGCUGGCGCCAAGGUCACCGUCGUGGAAAUGCCUCACGAACCUGAAAGAUUUAAUCCUCGCGGAGGGCCCAAUACAGCAGACCACGUGGAUAUCCUGGGGCGACAGAAGCUUAAUGAAUUAAUCCUACGCGUUGUAGCUGGAAAGGGCUCCACGAUUGACGACUAUAUCGUUAGUAAUAUUCGCGAGUAUGCGGAUAAUGUUAAGAUUUACGAAGAGGAGGAUUAAAGUCUAACGUGGGAUGACGAGUUAGAUUAGAACUGGAAUUGUGAACAAAAUAUGGUUGUCAUAAAUAAAUAUUAAUGAAGGGACUGAGAUGAUAUGUAUACUUUAUAGGGUAGUCAGUGUAUUGUAUUUUACUGGGACGAUAUGCAUAUGUGUUACUCUGCGCUUGGAGGAGUGGUGAUGGUUGGAAUAGAUAUUAGCUGGAGAUAGAAUCCUAUAGAUGACAAUAGGGUGAGGCUAGAAAUAUAAGCGAAUAGAUGGAUAUGGUAAGAGUUGGUUUCUAGGGGCCAUGGACGAGGUGGAUUAUGAGAUUUAAUGUUACCCCUUUUUCAUAUCUGGUCGUUGAUUGAGGAGUUCGAAUUACAGGGUGAUUUCUUUGGAUUCAGAGAAACCGAGUGUAAAGGUAUCACAUGAAUUAAACUUUAGUGUUAUAGAUACCUAGGUGUUUACCUUCAAUUGGAAGGGAAGUACGAAGUCGAAGUACUGUGAAAGGGUAUUCAAGAUCUUGAGGGGAGCCCAUCCUACCUGGAAACUUACACAAUACAACAUCCUUUGAUCCUCGGAUCUACUAUGUACCACAAUCAUUUCAUACAUAUUUCUC